ACGAUUGUUUCUGUCCUUUUAUACCACAGUACUGGAACACGUAUGCAUAUGGUACAGUACAUUUUCAAAGUUUUUAAAGAGUUUAUCUUAUAAAACCCUUUCAUGAAGUUCUAAGAAGUGACUUUUUAUUUUAAAAUCAGCAUGUAAUUUUAAUCUUAUUUUCAAUAUUGACUUUUCAUUAUACAAGCUUUUUCUUGCGUAUACGUCAACCUUUUGAUUAUGUGUCAAACACAAGAAAUUCCAGUUUCUGGUUUUGAGAGCAUCGGAUAAUUCUUUGGUAGUAGAAGAAAAAUGGAUGAUGGAGUAAACGUUUUGGAAUUGUCUAAUCAAAAGAAACUGCUGGUUAUCGCCGUCUGUGUGGGAAUUUUAGCAGUAACCAUUUUACUCACUGUAUGUGUAGUAACCCCUGUGUGCUGGAUCUACGCCUGUAUACAUGGGAAGAGUAACAAAGACAAAAGGAAGCCACAUGACUUUGAAAGACAGGAAGAAACUACACACUUCAAAUUAAUAAUGGUGCCACAUUAUGGUCCUCAAAAUGGUCGAUCUUCUCGUGCUGAGGUACUCAGUCUAGGAUGUAAGAAAUACACCGAGGACUCUACGUACAGUAGUAUGUCAACCAGCAGUCGCGGUGAUGGCUCUUCAUCUGUUUAUAGCGAGCAUUCAUUGGAUAUUCCAGUUACAAACCGAAAGUUGGAUAAUAUUUAUGGUCAAGUGUCUUUGUCGGUGACUUACAGAGAACGAGAAAAUCAACGCACUGGACAGCUUAUUAUCUAUUUGAAGGAAGCUCAAGAGUUGCCGUCUCGCUUAUAUGGUGGAAUUAUUGACCCCUAUUUGAUAGUUCAGAUAUAUAAAAACAGAGGUCGAAAGCGAAGUACAAAAGAUCUUUACGUGCCGAUUUUUGAGUACCGAACCAGCACAAAAAGAAAAUCACAACAUCCUUUAUUUAACGAAACAGUGGUUGUGAAUAUUCCCAAGUCCGAGUUGGAAGAGAGCCUUGUGAAAGUUUCGGUAUUUGAUGAUGAGAAGAUUGUGAAUGACACAAACCUUGGGGAAAUAUCAGUACCGAUACGGAAUCUCCACCUGACGGAUCACAGCGGAGAACAAAUACACGUGUUAGAUCUACUAGAACCAAAACAGAGCAACGGAGAGAUCCUGUUUGGCUUGAGUUUCCUACCCACAGUAGAGCGCCUGACUUUUACUAUAGUGAAAGCAAACAGCCUCCGUGUUGUAUCAGACAGUGUGGUAAAUUUUGCACCGUAUAUUCGGAUCCUGCUGUUUCAUAACGGAAAGUUUCACAAGAAAAGGAAAACUACCUGCCGAUAUGGAUCUGAUUGUCCAUCAUAUAAUGAAUCUUUGACCUUUGACCUUCCUAGUUCUGAAAUGGAAAAUGUCAUGUUUGUACUGAUUGUGACUCAUCGAAAUAAUACACCAUCUAACCAGACUCCGAGUAAACUCAUAGAUUACAACCGUGAUCAUCACGUUGGUAAAGUUGUGAUUGGCCCACGUGCUAGUGGAAGUACAUUCUGUCAUUGGUUAGCCAUGAAACAAUCUCUUAGGAAGCAAGUGACUCAGUGGCAUACGCUGAACUAGAAAAAAAACAACAACAACAAAAAAACAAAACAAUAACUGAUCAAAAUUGCUUAAAUUGUUUAUACUUUUAAUAUAAUUAGAUCUAUUUUUGGCCCAAUAAGUAUUUAAAUAAUAAGGAUGUACGAACUCAAAUCACACAGUUAAAUAGAUGCGAUAGGCACUUAAGGUAACGAUGUAUCAAGAUGGUUUGAAGUUUUUGUUAAUAAAUAAGAGAUGACUUUAGAAAA